GACAAAAUUUUUAUACAUAGCGCCGUACAACUCGGCGUAGCAGUUCAGUGCGCGUACAAGUCUCGUGGGUAGCGGAUGCUAGCAAAGAUUUCGCCAAACUCGUUCGUUGCGACGCAGGCUUAGCAGAUUUUUGAAUUUCACAUCGAAGCGAUCGAAAAGCUAUAGACUCGUGUUUAGUGGGAGCCAAAGGCCAGCGAAGAAUAUUUAAAAAUGGCAGCCGUCAACGCAACGCAGGUGGACUAUUGGAACUUUCUGUUUACCGAUCUGGCAGAUCCCCGCACCAAUGACUGGUUCCUGAUCAAGUCGCCACUGCCUUUGCUGGGCAUCCUGGCCUUCUACCUCUUCUUCGUGCUGUCCUGGGGACCCAAGUUCAUGAAGGAUCGCAAACCUUUCAAGCUGGAGCGCACCCUACUCGUCUAUAACUUCUUCCAGGUGGCCCUGAGUGUGUGGAUGGUGUACGAGGGCGUGGUCAUCUGGCAGUACUACAGCUGGAGGUGUCAGCCGGUGGACUGGUCCCGCACGCCCAAGGCCUAUAGGGAGGCCCGUGUGGUGUAUGUCUACUAUCUGGCCAAGAUCACCGAACUGCUGGACACCAUCUUCUUUGUGCUGCGCAAGAACGACCGGCAGGUGACCUUCCUGCACGUCUACCACCACACCGUGAUGCCCAUGAUCAGCUGGGGCACCAGCAAGUACUACCCCGGCGGACAUGGCACCUUCAUCGGCUGGAUCAACUCCUUCGUGCACAUCAUCAUGUACUCCUACUACUUCCUCUCCGCCUUCGGACCCCAGAUGCAGAAGUACCUGUGGUGGAAGAAGUACAUCACUAACUUGCAGAUGAUCCAGUUCUGCUGCGCCUUCAUCCACCAGACCCAGCUGCUGUACACGGACUGUGGCUAUCCCAGAUGGUCGGUGUGCUUCACCCUGCCCAACGCCGUGUUCUUCUACUUUCUGUUCAACGAUUUCUACCAGAAGUCCUACAAAAAGAAACAGGCUGCUGCCAAAGCCAAGGCUCUGACGACGGAUAACAACAACGAUGGAUGUGCCAAGGACCUCAACAAGGCCAUCGAGCUGGAAAAGCAGAUGAAGCAGAAGUCCUUGUAAAAGAGGGCCUUAGCCACCCACCAACCACUCUUCACCCCCACCACUCCCCCCUUCAAUACUCGUACCAAAUGCGGGAAAAAAAAAACACCCACUGAGAGCCACCCAUGUUCUAUGUGCAACCUUGUUGACUAAUUUCUUAAGUAAUCCGCCGCCAAAAAGAAACAAAACGAAACGAAACGAGACGAAUAGAUAUUUUUGAGCAAAUGAGGUUUUCGAGACACAGAUACACAUAUUAUGUAAAUGUAAAUGUUCAAACAGUUGAAAUUGCUUUUUGCAGCCAUCGUCAUCAUCGCUCGCUCCGUUUGAUGUUCGCAUGAUCUGGCGGACCCAAAUGAAAGAAGUCGUAUGUCUUUCGGCCAAAACUGAACUAAGUUAAGUUAAGUAAACAGGCAGAAGAAGCGUUAGUUGUGUAAAUAAGUGUAGGUACACGCAUGCAAAUGUGUUUUCUUUAGAUUUUAUAUACUCGUACAUGUACGUACGGUAUGUAAAGUAGGCAUAAAACAAGUGACAAAACUAGCUAAUAAAGAACCCAUAAAUACAAACACAUUUUAAAAAUAAA